AUGGCAACGAGGGUGUACGAACACUUGGAAGCACAAAGACAAGAACUCUCGCAAGAAAUCAAAGACACGAAGGAGAAAGCCGAGAUACCCGAUUUUGAGGAACACCUUACAAACCGUGCUCGGGCGCGAGAUAAAAAUGCCGGAAAUCGAAUAGCUCUCGUUCGUGCGGCCAACAAGGCGGUAGGCGGGCAAGAGAAAUUCGACCGCGUUGUACGCCGGGAAGCCCACGCCGCACGCACACAUGCGACUGCCUUAUAUGAAGACUUUCAAUAUUAUCAGACGCCUGAAUUUCGUUCUCAGUAUCUCCAAGACAUUGAUAAGGUGAAAGACCGAAUACAGCAGUCCAUACGGGAUGGGCAGCCACCUGGGCUACUUUCAGGAGACGAUGCUUACGAUAAAUUCCUACGUCCAAUCCUCAAAUCAUUAGAAGAUGAUAAAGUCGGUCAAACGGAGACACUUGAUUACGACAACAUGGGCCCACAUCACCUACACGUUAGGAUACCAAGGGCAAAGAGCCAAGCUGUGGGAUUAGGUAGACCGCGAUUUCCCCCAAUCGAUCCGCCGAUCAACCUGAAACUUGAUGUCGAAGCGAUUGAGAAGAGAAGGAGGGAAGUAGAGGAUGAAAAUAAGGAUGGCAAGAUGGCUGAGUCACACUCAGAACGUCGAGCACGAGAGACCGGGCUCUCAGAAGGACUACCCUCAGAUAGUCAUGUCCAUGACGCAUUAUCAACAGCCAUAAAUCUCAUCAGGACGCGACUGGAGAGCGGCCUAUUCAUUUCAGCAGGCGAGACGUGGAACGACUGGAAGACUUCCGACGAGCGAGAUGCACCGAAUGAGCUUUACGACCCACCGACCGAGGAGGAUACGCCAGAUGACAGCGAUGACUCUAGUGACGACGAAAACGACUUGUUUGCAAUCAGUUACCGCGAGUGCAGUGGUUUGACAGGCUGUCCCCGUAGUGGCGGCGGUGGUGGUGGUAGCGAUGACAAUGAUAGUGACGAUGACGGUGAUGGUGGCAAGAAGAACAAGAAAGACACCGGUGACCCAGGAGCACCGGCCAAUCCUGCCGGUGGCCUACCAACUGGGUCCAAACCUCGACCCAAAGCGCCAGGCAAGAAAGCGGAGAAACAUGACUACUCGCAAUACAACCGCGUACAACUACGUAUAGUUAUGAAAUUUUGCGGCGAAAAGCAGAGUGCUCCAAAGAAAAAUGAACUCUUGGAGCGCGCAUGGGAAUACGACGAGUCAGAAAAGCCUGGUGCUAUUCAUCACUUUAUCCUCAACGAUAAGACAGCCGCGCAAAAGCUUCUCAACGAGAUCACUAAACCAGGUCAUGAUUGGUUAGCCGAAUAUCAGAAAGAACUCGAUAAGCAGAAUAGAAAGGCCGGAAGGACUGUACAGCAGCAAGAGGCCGCUCCAGAGGAGGUCAACGAAGACGAUGUGGAAAUAGAUCGGACUGGCGAACAAGUAGAUACUGACAUACCCGAAGAGGACUCUCCCGCGUCGACUGGAAAGGGCACAUCCAAGAAGGCAUCUAAAUCUAAGAAGAAGAAGAAGAAGACGCAGCCGAAACGUAAAGAGAAGAAGUAG